AUGUUCCCCCAGUGGGCUCUAUGGAAGUGUUUACCCCAUGGGAUCAUCAUUGCCUCGCUCUUGGCAGUCAGCUGGGGCCAGUACGAUGAUGACUGGCAAUAUGAGGAUUGCAAACUAGCUCGGGGAGGCCCACCAGCAACCAUUGUGGCCAUUGAUGAAGAAAGCCGGAAUGGUACAAUUCUGGUGGACAACAUGCUGAUUAAGGGGACUGCUGGAGGACCAGACCCCACCAUAGAGCUCUCUUUAAAGGACAACGUGGACUACUGGGUGUUGUUGGACCCUGUUAAACAGAUGCUUUUCCUGAACAGUACCGGAAGAGUUCUGGACAGAGACCCCCCAAUGAACAUACACUCCAUCGUGGUACAAGUCCAGUGUGUCAACAAGAAGGUUGGCACAGUUAUCUAUCACGAAGUACGCAUUGUGGUGCGGGACAGGAACGACAACUCACCCACAUUCAAGCACGAAAGCUACUAUGCCACAGUGAAUGAGCUCACUCCAGUUGGCACCACAAUAUUCACGGGGUUUUCAGGAGACAAUGGAGCUACAGACAUCGAUGACGGCCCGAAUGGACAGAUAGAGUAUGUCAUUCAGUACAACCCAGACGAUCCGAUGUCCAACGACACCUUUGAAAUCCCACUCAUGCUAACCGGAAAUGUGGUGCUGAGGAAACGACUCAACUAUGAGGACAAGACUCGCUACUACGUCAUCAUCCAAGCUAACGACCGUGCCCAGAAUCUGAAUGAGAGGCGAACAACCACCACUACCCUCACGGUGGACAUUCUAGAUGGAGAUGACCUCGGACCAAUGUUUCUGCCCUGUGUCCUUGUGCCAAACACCCGUGACUGCCGUCCACUCACCUACCAAGCGGCCAUUCCUGAACUGAGGACUCCGGAAGAACUGAACCCCAUUUUGGUGACCCCACCUAUCCAAGCCAUUGAUCAGGAUCGAAACAUCCAGCCACCAUCAGAUCGACCUGGCAUCCUCUAUUCCAUCCUUGUCGGCACCCCUGAGGACUACCCCCGCUUCUUCCACAUGCAUCCCAGGACCGCGGCGCUCACUCUUCUGGAGCCAGUCAACAGAGACUUCCACCAGAAAUUUGAUUUGGUUAUUAAGGCUGAGCAGGACAAUGGCCACCCGCUUCCUGCCUUUGCUAGUCUACACAUCGAAAUACUGGAUGAAAACAAUCAGAGCCCAUAUUUCACAAUGCCCAGCUAUCAAGGGUACAUCCUGGAAUCUGCACCAGUGGGCGCCACCAUUUCUGAGAGCCUAAACCUAACUACUCCUCUGAAAAUUGUAGCUCUGGACAAAGACAUAGAAGACACAAAAGAUCCAGAACUCCACCUUUUCCUGAACGAUUAUACCUCAGUCUUCACUGUUACCCCCACCGGCAUCACCCGCUACCUGACCCUCCUUCAGCCUGUGGACAGGGAGGAACAGCAAACAUAUACCUUUCUGAUAACAGCAUUUGAUGGUGUACAAGAAAGUGAACCAGUUGUGGUAAAUAUCCGAGUGAUGGACGCAAAUGAUAACACACCAACCUUCCCCGAAAUCUCCUAUGACGUCUAUGUUUACACAGACAUGCGCCCUGGGGACAGUGUCAUUCAGCUGACGGCAGUAGACGCUGAUGAAGGCUCUAAUGGGGAGAUCUCUUAUGAAAUCCUGGUGGGUGCCCAGGGAGACUUCGUCAUCAACAGGACUACGGGUCUGGUGAGCAUUGCACCAGGAGUGGAGCUGAUCGUGGGACGGACUUACGCACUGACAGUGCAGGCCUCAGACAACGCCCCGCCUGCAGAGAGAAGGCACUCCAUCUGCACGGUGUACAUCGAGGUGCUGCCUCCCAACAACCAGAGCCCUCCCCGCUUCCCGCAGCUGAUGUACAGCCUGGAAGUCAGCGAAGCCAUGAGGAUCGGCGCUGUUUUAUUAAAUCUACAGGCAACUGAUCGAGAGGGAGACCCAAUCACAUAUGCCAUUGAGAAUGGAGACCCUCAGCGAGUUUUUAAUCUUUCAGAAACCACGGGGAUUCUCACGCUCGGGAAGGCGCUAGACAGGGAGAGCACAGACCGCUACAUCCUCAUUGUCACAGCCUCAGAUGGCAGGCCCGACGGGACCUCCACUGCCACUGUGAAUGUGGUGGUGACAGACGUCAAUGACAACGCUCCUGUGUUUGAUCCCUAUCUGCCCAGGAAUCUCUCCGUGCUGGAGGAGGAGGCCAAUGCCUUCGUGGGACAAGUGAGGGCAACAGAUCCAGAUGCUGGGAUAAAUGGCCAAGUGCACUACAGCCUGGGUAACUUCAACAACCUCUUCCGCAUAACGUCCAAUGGGAGCAUUUACACAGCCGUGAAGCUGAACAGGGAAGUCAGGGACCACUAUGAACUGGUUGUUGUGGCAACGGAUGGAGCCGUGCACCCUCGGCAUUCAACGCUGACACUGUAUAUCAAGGUGUUGGACAUUGAUGAUAACAGUCCUGUUUUUACCAAUUCAACAUACACAGUCGUGGUUGAAGAGAAUCUUCCAGCUGGGACCACCUUCCUGCAAAUAGAGGCCAAGGAUGUUGAUCUUGGAGCAAAUGUGUCAUAUCGGAUCAGAAGCCCUGAGGUGAAGCACCUUUUUGCACUUCAUCCAUUUACUGGAGAAUUGUCCCUUUUGAGGAGUUUGGAUUAUGAGGCCUUUCCUGACCAGGAAGCCAGCAUCACAUUCUUGGUGGAGGCCUUUGAUAUUUAUGGAACAAUGCCACCUGGUAUAGCGACAGUCACGGUAAUCGUAAAGGACAUGAAUGACUACCCUCCGGUAUUUAGUAAACGUAUCUACAAGGGGAUGGUGGCUCCAGAUGCUGUCAAAGGGACACCAAUCACGACUGUGUAUGCUGAAGAUGCAGAUCCUCCUGGUUUGCCUGCAAGUCGGGUGAGGUAUCGAGUGGAUGAUGUGCAGUUUCCAUACCCUGCCAGCAUUUUUGAUGUAGAAGAAGAUUCUGGAAGAGUAAUAACUCGUGUCAAUCUUAAUGAAGAGCCUACAACCAUUUUUAAGCUGGUGGUUGUGGCUUUUGAUGAUGGCGAGCCUGUGAUGUCCAGCAGUGCAACCGUGAGAAUUCUUGUCUUACAUCCUGGAGAGAUCCCCCGCUUCACCCAAGAGGAAUAUAGACCUCCUCCUGUAAGCGAGCUUGCGACCAAAGGGACUGUCGUUGGUGUCAUUUCCGCUGCCGCUGUCAAUCAGAGCAUCGUGUAUUCCAUUGUGGCAGGAAAUGAGGAAGAUAAGUUCGGAAUCAACAAUGUCACAGGGGUUAUCUACGUGAAUGCACCAUUGGAUUACGAAACACAGACCAGCUAUGUGCUUCGGGUGCAAGCAGACUCUCUGGAAGUGGUCCUCGCCAAUCUCCGGGUUCCUUCAAAAAGCAACACAGCUAAAGUGUACAUUGAGAUUCAGGAUGAAAAUGAUCACCCUCCGGUGUUUCAGAAGAAAUUCUACAUUGGCGGUGUGUCUGAGGAUGCAAGGAUGUUUGCGUCUGUGCUCAGAGUGAAGGCUACUGACAGGGACACCGGGAACUAUAGUGCCAUGGCCUACAGGCUCAUCAUACCGCCCAUUAAAGAGGGCAAAGAGGGAUUUGUGGUGGAAACAUACACUGGACUCAUCAAGACAGCCAUGCUGUUCCACAAUAUGAGGAGAUCCUACUUCAAGUUUCAAGUGAUCGCAACUGACGACUACGGGAAGGGGUUGAGUGGGAAAGCUGACGUGCUGGUAUCAGUGGUCAAUCAGCUGGAUAUGCAGGUCAUUGUCUCCAAUGUGCCACCUACGUUAGUGGAAAAGAAGAUAGAAGACCUCACAGAGAUUUUGGAUCGCUAUGUUCAGGAGCAAAUUCCUGGUGCCAAGGUUGUGGUAGAGUCCAUUGGUGCCCGUCGCCAUGGAGACGCCUUCUCCUUAGAAGACUAUAGCAAGUGCGAUCUGACUGUCUAUGCCAUCGACCCCCAGACCAACAGAGCCAUCGACAGAAAUGAGCUUUUUAAAUUCCUGGACGGCAAACUGCUCGAUAUCAAUAAAGACUUCCAACCUUAUUACGGGGAAGGAGGACGCAUUCUGGAGAUCCGGACUCCUGAGGCCGUGACAAGCAUCAAGAAGCGAGGGGAAAGCUUAGGGUACACGGAAGGGGCCUUGCUGGCUUUGGCCUUCAUCAUCAUCCUCUGCUGCAUCCCGGCCAUCUUGGUUGUCUUAGUGAGCUACCGACAGUUUAAAGUACGCCAGGCUGAGUGCACCAAGACUGCAAGAAUCCAGUCUGCCAUGCCUGCAGCCAAGCCUGCAGCUCCUGUGCCUGUGGCACCACCACCACCACCACCUCCAGGGCCACAUCUCUAUGAGGAGCUGGGAGACAGCACCAUGCAUAAUCUUUUCCUUCUCUACCAUUUUGAACAAAGCAGGGGAAAUAACUCAGUCCCAGAAGACAGGACCAGUCAUCACGAUGGGAUGGCCUUUUCGUCCAGUACCACUGAGUCUCAUGAGCCGGCUCAUGUAGAGGGACCGCUUAAGGACAGCCAGCCUAAGCCAGCAAGGACGUUCUCAUUUCUUCCCGAUGAGGAUGAUUUAAGCACCCAUAAUCCCCUCUAUAUGGAAAGUAUAGGUCCAAGGUCAACCAAUUCCGACCUGUCACCAAGAACAGAUUUUGAAGAGCUGUUUUCACCCAGAUCACAAGUUAAGAGUCAGUCUCUGAGGGGCCCACGAGAAAAGAUUCAGAGGAUGUGGAACCAGUCUGUGAGUUUUCCUAGGAGGCUCAUGUGGAAAACUCCGCACAGACCAGAGACCAUAGACCUGGUGGAGUGGCAGAUCACCAGGCAGAAAGCUGAAUGCGAAAGCGCUGGACCCCACCCAACCCCGAGAGGUAGCAGCAACGUCAUGCUCACAACCGAAGAUGCCCACGGGUCAGAGAAAGAAAGGGGGCAUAGAGACACCCUGGUCGUACAACAAACAGAGCAGUUGAAAUCUCUGUCCACGAGCUCUUCCUUUUCUUCAUCUUGGUCUCACCUUUCUUUCUCAACUCUGCCGACUAUUUCAAGAGCGGUAGAACUCCGGUCAGAACCGAACGUUGUCACUCCCGACUGCACCCUGGAACUUCCUCCUCCAAGACCUUGUGGUUUAAAUUCUCUAGGUUUUAAGAGAGAGACCCCGACUUGUACGGUAGAUACGGAAGCAAAGAGGAACUCCUUUGAAACCCUUCCCCAUCCACCUAACAGCCUUGCUUCCCUCCCACGACCUCCUCUUCCUCGACCUCCUGUCGCCUUUACCACUUUUCCUCUUCCCCUCUCUCCUCCUAACCCUCCUCCUCCCCAACUUCUUACAUUUUCUCUUCCCACUUCCGCCCCCCGGACCUCUUCUCUACCUCCACCACCAUCGCUUCCUCCUCUUCCUCGACUGCCAGCUCCACGUCUCUGCCCACUGCCGCCUUCCACUUCAGUUCCACCCACAGACAGCAUUUGUAUCCCAGACGUUAAAUGCACUGCCAGUGUCACCCACGCCAGAGAAACUAAAUCUUCUACGACACAGCCACCAGCAUCCAAACAGCUGUGUGACGUGGAACCUCACAGACAUCCAAAAGGGGUCCUCAGACACGUGAAAAACCUAGCAGAACUCGAGAAGUCGGUUUCUAACAUGUAUAGCCACAUAGAAAAAAACUGUCCGCCCACAGACAUCUCAAAACUACACACGUUCUGCCCUCCAGUAAAAACAGACUUGGAAACCACAUGUGACCAGAGCCAGGAAACGUUGGUUAGGGUUGUUGAGGGAAUUGACGUGCAACCUCACAGUCAAUCAACAUCAUUGUAA